AGAAAAAAAACAAGAAGAGGCCCCACUUAAAUUGCUGGCUCCUACAAAUCUGUGUCAGUUGGAGACAGACAAAACAUGCAUGUUUUUCCUCUAAGAGAGAAUAAGCAUACGAAAUUAUGAAACCAAUACCCAAAUGGCAAGAAGAAGACGAAGAAGAAGAAGAAGAAGAAGACCACAAAGGAGAGAAUAAUAAGAUCAAUUUGGCUAUAUGGGAUUGUGGCAGUCCUUUGUAUGACUCUUAUGAAUUGGUUUCACUUAGUCAUCUCAUCGAACGGCACCUAAUGAUCUUGCCAUCUCCAGCAGCUGGAUCAUCAUCAAGGCGGUUCAUCAUGACCGCCCGAUUCUCUCAUCAUCAUCAUCGUCAGUCGAUCCACGUGGACGAUCCUCCGAUGGCCAAAGGGUCUUCCAUGGUGACCAGAUUGAGUGAGUUGGUGGAAAGAAAAAUCGUGUGGAAGAGUAAGGUGUUUGGAUCAUCAAAAAGGAAGGAAAAUUAUGCCAAGAAAUUGAAAGCCACUACUAGUUUUAGUAAGCUUUCUGGAUUCUAUAAUAGAAUUGCUUCGUGGAGAAGAUGAUCAAUUUCAAUUCAAUUCAUGGUCCACCACAAAGGUAAUAAUAAUAAAUAAAUUUGAGAAUAUGGAAAUGUUGGGUUGGAUUUGAUUUGAUUUGAUACUUAUGUUGCAAUAUGCAUGCACUUUUUUCUUUCUUUCUUUAUUUCCUUCGUUUUCUUAUCAUACCUAAUAUUUUCUUCCAUCUAUCAAUGUGUAUCUCUCAGUACUAUUUGUAUGAUUCAUUCCCUUGUGACAAUAAAUCAUGCCUUUUAGUUUUUUUUUUCCAAUUUUGUCUAUUGUUUUGAUUGUAUGUACACAAUUUGUCUAGGCAUCUACUAUUUUCGUUUUUAUUUUAUCAAAGGCAGAAAAAAAUUAAUAAUAAAAAAAUAAUUUACUAU